AUCUCUCCAUCAUGAGAAUACAAAUGAGCAACGGAAGCAAAUUAACACGAGACAAAUUAAACUUAAAAGGUUUAAAGGACAAAGAGGUAUUUAAAGAAAACAUCAUCUGGGGCAGGAGCACCGAUAGUGGUGCUCCUGCCCCGGGUGCUCCUGUGAGGCCAGACAUGGCCAUCUUUCCCCCUGAGGAGGUUCAAGAGGAGGAGAAUGUCUCGGAAAGUCAACUGAUCGAUGAAGAGUCAAUUCCAAUUCUAACUACACAUCCACAAGAGAAACACACAACUUCAGACUCCAAACACUCAUCAGAUCCUCGAAUAUUCAGACUAACUACACAUACAGAAUCUAUUUCUAGAAUUGAAUCACUGGAUGAAGAAAUGGAUGAAGCCUUCAUUUGCAAAUAUAUUAAUACAGAGAUCUUCUACAUAGACCGUAGUAAUCGGAAAAAAGCUUUGAAACAAAUAUUAAGUACUUAUAAUAAUAAUAAUAAUAAUAAUAAUAAUAAUAAUAAUAAUUUCAAUCUCAAAGAGAAAUAUCGUAUUUUUUUUAAUGAACGUUUAGAAUGUUCUAAAUCUGAUAAACAGUUUGCUUUAAUGUGGUUAAAGAAAAAAGAUGGCCCAUUUGACCAGUUUGGACCCUAUUACCCUGGAGAAAAAGGUCACAUACAUAGUGAAUAUUACAUUUUUGAAGAACUACUGAAAAUAUUGGAGAAAAACAGCCAUUCUUAUUUAGAAGUAUUUAUAUAUUCUAUAAAUAGCCCGUGUUUAGCAAAGCCCAACGAUGUUCCCUGUAUGAUUCGAGCCAUUUCUAUAGCAAUUAUGAUUUAUCAGAAGUAUGGUAUUAAAACAGUUAUUGGUUUUUCUAAGUUCUGGGGAACAUCUGGCUCGUUUGUGAAACUUUUACCUUAUUGUCCUCUUGAAGAAUAUAAUUUAGUGUCCCCAACGAUUGGUAGCAAAGAUAGACUAUGUACUGACCAAGAAGACAAUAAAGAAGACAAAGUUAACCCAGCGUUAUUACAACAUUGCUACAAAAAACUUAUCCCAGAACUAUUACAUAAAAAGUUUUCAUUGAUCGAAUAUAAAUGUAAAGGUGAACAUAAAUCUAAAUGUUAUUCCAAUCUUAAAAUAUUUUUUAAUGAAAUGGAUAUUAAAAAAAAGAUUAAUAAAACCGAUAAACAAGACCUUUAUAAAAUUAUAAAUGAUUUAUUCAAGCAUUCGGAUCUAGAACUGACUUUUGAUGAGUUUCACCAAAGGGGUCUGGAAACUAUUGAGAAUUUUAAGCAAAAAUUACAGACUAAUUUAAAUGAUUAUGAUCUUAAUGUUUGUGAAAAAAUUGGGAAUUUAGUGGAAAAGGAGUUUUCGUCUUUGUGGGUUAUGAAAGUAGAACAUGCAUGGAGCGCAUUUUUAAAUGAAUACAUCAGUAAUUAUGCUAAAAUGUGUGCUCAUGAGCUUUUUCUUAACGACAUCAAAAACAUCAAAGAUAUUCAAACUUUUUUUUCCAUUGGUUGUGUAUAAUUCUUUGAUUGAUUUGACUAUUUGCUUUGACACUGUCAUAAACAGGAAUUGAUCUGUUUGAUGUUAUUUGUCUCUUAAACAUUUACUGAAUUAAAUAAACAUGCAAUUUGGCUCAAUUUGGCAUUUUUUUGCUUGAUUCUAUUCUGACUUAUUUGAAAUUCUUGCCUUUGGUAGAUUAUGUUAAGUCCAGUGUGGCUUAAGAAUUAUUAGACAAAACCACAUGCAUAUCAGAGAAGUGAUAGCGGCAGUUUACGAGGAAUUAAAUCUCUUGCUCUGCAAAUUAAUGAUCUCUUGGUUCGCCCAGGUGACAAAAGAUUCAACUUAAACUGGAGAUAACAUAGAACUCAAGGGAGAAUUCCAAUUGGAACUUUAAUUCUAAAAUCAAUGAACACCGUCACUAUUGUUUAUGGACUCGCAACAUUUCAAAAGAAUGAGCGAAUGGUAGCAACUGUAAACAACUGAAAAAGUAGCGAUUGAGAAUUAAAAACAUUGCAAGUCGAUGUGUUUGCAUAUGAGAAGCAAGGCUUGGCAAAACAGGGUGAUGUAACAAAAGAAAUGUCACUCAGUAAAGAGUACUAUAACAACCUAUUUUCAAAUUUGCAAGGGUGCUAAACACGGUUGUUAUCAUAGAACACACGUGAUGAUAGUUGUUUGUGAUAUACAUGUACACAUUGGAUAAUGCAGUUUAUUUCUUAAAACACUUGACUAUUUCUGCUGUAAGUGUUGCAAGAAACAUCUACAAUCUCUAGGUUAGAGAUUGUAGAUGCUUCGGGCAUUCUAGACUUUUUGUCUUGUGUAAAUCUGAAAGAACUGUAAUCAUGUUUCUCUUGAAAUUGUUCAUUAGUUUCAAAUUAAAUGUGUUACUGUAUUGGAUAUGUUUGUCUAUGAUGUGGCACACUGUGCUAUUUACCAUAUAGAUGCAGUUAAACCAUACAGAGUACAAAAUUCCAUAUGACUACCAGUAAUUUUACACAAUUAGCAUUAACCUUCAGUAACUUUAAAAAGACUGAAGAACUUGAUUAGGCCUUUAAAAUUAAAGAACACUAUUUGCACCUUGCAUCUGUCCUGAUUCUGCCUAGCCCACCCGAAACCUUUCAUAUUCAAGAUUCACAUGAGAAUACACAUUGUGACAUCUUAACUCAAGAAAAUUAGAAAAUUGCAUUCAGUUCAAUAUUGUAAUUUCAAAAGCUCUGCAGCUUGAGCAUAGAUUUGACCCAUGUCAGUAUGCGCCUGCAGUUCAUUGGGUGUAAACUGCAAUAGAGGUCGACCGAUAUAUCGUUUUUGCCAAUUAAUAACAGAUUUCUGGAACUAUCGGUUAUUGGCAAAAAUCCGGUGCUGGAGCGGCUGGGAAGGGUCCGCUGUCUUUAUACAGUAUGAGAGCGGCCUCUAGAGGCGAAAUAAAAGCUAUCACUUCACUGAUGCCUUGUGGUGUUUGUUUUGACAUGUGAGACUACACUCUGCAUGGAGCAGAACACUUCAGAUGUGGAUUUAAAACAUCACUAAUGAGAAGAACGGGUGAGGGAGGGGCAGUUUUGCAGUAUAAAACACAAGAGGAAGUUCUGAUCUGUCCUUUCUGAUCAGCCUCUUGCUGAAGGACCAACAAGGGCUAUGGUGAUACCUCUCAGGGGACACCGUGGAUCCUUGACUGGCCCCCAAGCACUGAUGUCAUCAUGAAGGAGGAGGGGUCAAUGUAAAACCUGCUGCCAGGGGCAGGUCAUCUGGCCCAGUGUGAAUCAGUGGGAUGACUCAUUUGCAUGAGUCAUCACCUUUGUUUUGCUUUGGUGUCAGGUGUCGCAGGGGCCAGCUCUUCAAUGCUGCGAUGCGAAGUCUGAUGUCUUAUAAGUCUCCUGUGAAGUCUCAAGCCAACCAGAAAACAACUUGCCAAUGCACGUGAUGCUAAAAGCGAACCAAGAAAACUCCCUAAUACAUUGUUGAAUCAUUCAUAUAUAAUGCUACAAAUGUGAAACAAGUGAAGAUGUGUUUUUCAAUGGUGAAACCUUUGGUUUCUGCGUUGCUUGGUUCGGUUGGUCCGGGGCCCAGCUGAGAAAACAAAAAGCCCCGGAACAAAAUUUAAAAAAACAAAAUAAAAAUAGCAAAAUACGUAACAAAAUUU